AUUAACCACAAGGUAAAGGGUUAUUUUUGCAAAUAAAAUGAAAACUGAUUCAAAGCUACAGGAUAAAGACGUCUUUCAUUGGGUUUCUGGAUUUCUGGACGACACCAGUACCGUAAUGUUAAGAAUAAAGGAGCAGGAAAAUUGAAGGUGCGGCUGGCUUGACCUCGACUUGAUGAGCGCUCAUCUGCAGCAUCCGACCAUCCGGUUAAAAGGAAAGCAGCAUGAUGAGCAUCGAUCUGGGGUUAGCUGGCUCUCGGGCUAGCUGCGGCGCAAUGCAGACCGUUAAAUGCGUUGUCGUCGGAGACGGAGGAGUGGGUAAGACCUGUCUGCUCACCAGCUACACCACCAACGCCUUUCCGGGAGAGGAAAUCCCCUCAGUGUUCGACCACUACUCUUCCAAUGUUAUGGUGGAUGGGAACCCAGUGACCCUGGCUCUCUGGGAUACGGCAGGACAAGCAGACUAUGACAAACUUCGCCCACUUUCUUACUCACAGACGGUACAAAAAAAGAUCACAAUGCUGUAUUCUGACUGCUUUGUUUCUUUGUCUUACCAGGACAUUUUUCUUAUCUGCUUUUCGCUUGUGUGUUGUACCUCGUAUGAAAACGUCCGUCAUAAGUGGCACCCUGAGGUGAGACAUCAUUGUCCCACCACUCCCGUAAUCCUCGUGGGCACUAAACUGGAUCUGAGGGCUGAGAAGGAAACCCUGGAGGUGCUAAAGAAAAAGAAACUCUCCCCAAUUUCCUAUCUUCAAGGACUGGCCAUGGCCAAAGAGAUUGGUUCUGUCAAGUACCUGGAGUGUUCAGCCCUGACUCAACGUGGUCUUAAAACUGUGUUUGAUGAGGCCAUCCGGGCCGUCCUGUGCCCUCCACCUGUCAAAAAGAAGGGGAAGAGAUGCUCUCUCCUCUAAGACUUCCUUCACUGGAACAGUUACACAUGGCUGCUAGUGAUGAGGGAGAAACACACCAGUAUACACACACAAAAAUUUCAGUUAUACCAAUGCAGGGUCAGGUGUACAAGAAGAGGCUGGACUAUUUUAGACCCUAAUUCUGUCCUAACAAUACUGUAUAGAGGAGACCACGAAUUUCUUGAGGCCUUCUAAUAUGUAUUGGAUGUUUUGUAAGACACACCACAGAAUGCCUUCAGCUUUUUUUCCCACUGGUUGUCCACUGUUUGUGUGUGUGUGUG